ACAAGAAAACAGCCGUCGGCGCAGCAGUGACAUUCACAGUUUUCCUCGAUAUUUUUGUGAAAAUGGCCACUUGGGGCUUGUUGGCCAGAGCACUGAGACAUUCUCCCAGCCACAGAGGACUGGCCGCAUGCUGCUCCAGGGGUGCCACAGCAGGCGGGCGGCGCGUCCGCUUCCUGGCGACCUCUGCCCACCAGUCCGGCUCAGACCAGUCCGGUGACGGAGCGGGCAGGGCCGGCUGGAGGCUGGCUUGCCUCGGUGGCGGCGGACUGGCCGCCCUGCUGCUGGCUCAGACGCUCCACCGCGAAGAGCGACCCGGGUCCCGCCGCUCCCCGCUGGCAAGGCUGGUAGAAGCCCUCGUACCCUCGGUGCGGGCGGCCAAGGGAAUGGGUUUCAAUGCGGCUGAUGUGACUGGAGGCAAAGGGGACGGCCCGAAAGAUCCGACAACCAGGAGAGGUCGGUACAACUUCAUCGCCGACGUGGUGGACAAGACGGCACCGGCGCUGGUCUACAUCGAGAUCAAAGACAUGCGGAGGGCUGGCAUGUUUGGUGGUCCGCCGCCCACCGCCUCCAACGGGUCAGGCUUCAUUGUAGAUUCGGACGGCCUGAUUCUCACCAACGCCCAUGUCGUGGUGAACACGCCGCACAGCAUGGUACAGGUACGCCUGCAGGACGGCAGGACGUUCCAGGGCGUGGUGGAGUCGGUGGACGUCAAGUCCGACCUGGCCACUGUGCGCAUCCCCUGCAAUCACCUGCCGACCCUGCGGCUGGGCGUCUCCUCCGAACUGCGGCUGGGGGAGUGGGUGGUGGCCAUGGGAUCACCGCUGGGCCUCUCCAACACGAUCACCGCAGGCAUCAUCUCCACCGUCAGCCGCCAGAGCGCUGAGCUGGGUCUUCACGGUAAAGACAUGGAGUACAUCCAGACGGACGCCGCCAUCACGUUUGGCAACUCUGGCGGCCCCCUGGUGAACCUGGACGGUGAAGUGAUCGGCAUCAACGCCAUGAAGGUCACCGCCGGUAUCUCAUUCGCCAUUCCCAUCGACUAUGGCAAGAUAUUUUUGCAGAAGGCCGCCGAAAACAAAUCAAAGCGGCGCGCCCCCAUGUCGCCGGCCGGCCGCCGGUACCUGGGCAUCACCAUGCUGACGCUGACGCCGGCCAUCAUCCAAGAACUUACGCUGCGACAGCCGGACUUCCCGCAGGAUGUCACGCACGGCGUGCUCGUUUGGAAACUGGUGGUCGGCUCGCCGGCACACGCGUGCGGUCUCAGGCCGGGCGACGUCAUCACCCACAUCAACGACCAGCCGAUCGGCGCCGCGUCCGACGUGUACCGCAUCCUGGACGGCAGCGAGCCGCUGGUGAUCACCGUGCGCCGACACACAGAGACGCGACGGCUGCGCGUGUCGCCCGAACCUGGAGCCUGAGAGGGGCCACUGGAGCACUGGACAGAGCGUGAGCCCGGUGCCGCCCGAACCUGGAGCCUGAGAGGGGCCACUGGAGCACUGGACAGAGCGUGAGCCAGGUGCCGCCCGAGCCGGGCGCCUGAGGGCCACUGGAGCACUGAACAGGACGGGAGGCCGCUAGAGCGCGGAACGGCAGGGUUGGUGGUCGCGUGAGUGGGUGCAACCACCGCACGCCUGCCACGGUGGCGGCGGAGGCUGAGCGAGCGCGUGGCCCACGGACGUUGUUACCGUCCACACCCGUGGCGAAUGUGGACGGAGGCUGGUCCGAGCGUGGACGAGGAGCUGACGGGGCGGACGAGCGAGGCGGUUACGGCGACACUGCAGUGGCCGGGGUACGCGGCGCCGUGCAUCCACCCAUCUCUCACAGUCAGACGGCACUGGCGACCGCGUGUCGUGCUCACGUCGACGCCUGCGAUACAACCGGUAGUGGGCACUGCCGCCCGCCAUACCUGCGGUGUUGGGAGCGGCGCCACGCCACGACAGCUGUGUUUGUUCGCGAUGUGAUCAGGCGGCGUGGAUGCAUGCUUUGUUUUAAAAGGUAAAUUUGUGUGGAGGCUCCGCUUGGGGCAGACCCGAGUCCAUACGUGCCACCGAUGCCCCCUGUUGGUGCCUGUUGUCACCCUGGCAGAGUUUGUGAUAGAAAUGCACUGCCAACCCGCGUUCAGCGUUUUUGGAUUGAAACAAGUGUAAUCAGAUGUGUUUUUCCUGCCGCAAUAAAACUGCGCGAGACCUUC